AACAAGCUUACAGUCUCCGACGAUAGCUCAACGCGGUCGAACGCAACAUGUUUUUCGAAAGUUUUCUUCUAAAUCUCUCAGUAAUCAUUGUGCUCAUAGUCGCCCUAAUCAUCGACUAUGUGACCAAAUUCUUCAGCUACUGGUACGUCCGGCAUGUGCCUUACAAAUCGUCCAUCCCCUUCUUCGGCGGCGACUACCACAGGGUCCUCGGAAUCAGGAGCAGCACCGAAGAUGUCAACAUACUGUACGCCAAACACCCCAAAGAUAAGUAUGUCGGUCGUGUCAAAUGCAGGAUUCCCGACCUGAUAGUGAAAGAUCCCGAUACAGUAAAGAGGAUGUUGUCAACGGAUUUCGCAAAUUUCCAUAGCCGAGGUCUCUCCUUGGACAAAUCUCAGGAUGUUUGUUUACGAGACAAUUUGUUUUACGCCGACGGAGAAAAGUGGACCCUAUUGCGCGAAGGCUACGACUCUUUAUUGAGUAACAUGAACUGUGAAUUGGAGAGUUUGAGUGACUGUUUGCCGGGAACAAAUGGUGAUGCUAACGUUCAAGAGAUUUUGUCGAAGGUAUUGGAUAAAGUCUUCGAGGAUUUACUUCUUGGUAGCGGUGGAGGGUCAGUUGUAAAGGAAGUGAGAUCAGCAAUACAAAGGCGCACUUUGAUAGAAAGAUUUAAGAGUUAUCUUAAAGACAUUUUCCCGUCUUUGUACAUUAUGUUUGGGUUAACAACGAUCUUUGGAGAGCCCUCAGCAAAAACAAAGAGUGUAAUCGAAAAAUCAAAAGUACUGUCGCAAAUUAAGAACUUGGGUAACGUUUACCAACUUGGUAUCAAAGAAAAGAAUAGAAAGCGGCAUUCCGAUGUGGAAUUUGCUUAUUCAAUCAUUUCCUCAUUCAUAACCGAGGGCUACAUACCGUGCUUGAACGCAUUGACUGCACUGAUUUACGAACUAGCAUUGAAUCCUGAGGUGCAAGAGAAAUCGAGGAAUUCGGUUGCGAAACACAAUAGGGAUGAAUAUUUGGACGUGGCUAUUAAAGAGGCUUUGAGACUACACCCUCCAUAUUCAAUAAUUUCAAGACAAUGUACGAAGACUUAUCACCCUGAAGGUGGGAUAUUGAUUGAUAGGAAAAUAACGAUUAAUGUUCCUGUGAUGGCUUUGCAUAGAGAUGAAGAAAACUACAUCAAUGCGGAUUCCUUCAAUCCUGAUAGAUUUUUGGAUGACGAAGGAGCAUCGAAGCAUUGUUACGCCUAUCUGCCUUUCGGAGCCGGCCCCAGGAAAUGCAUCGGUGAGCAGUUGGCCCUAAAGUUAAUCAAAAGUAUAAGCAAGACUAUUCUCAACAAAUAUGAAAUUGAGCCAUGUGCUAAAACCCCAUCAAAAUUGACUAUGGUGGACCAUAACUUUGGGAGAGUAGUUGAUAGGGAUAUUUGGCUCAGAUUUAAGGUAAGAGCUUAAACUGCUUAAAGAAACUAAGGUGAAUUUGUGUGUAAGUAAAAAAUUUAGAAUAAAUUAUGUUCUUUGUAUUUUUUGAUCAAUGACAAUUAAUGAACUAGGUCUUAUUUUUGCGCAUCUAUUUAUUUCUACAUUUUUACGCAUCUUUUUAGAUAAGAUCUUUUCUUCUAACAAUAAAAAGCCCAACAAAUUAAAAUUAGCCAAAUUGGUUCAGCUGUUCUCGAGAUUUGUGCUUAGCAAUACAUUUAACGAUUAAUUUAUAUCACAGAUUAAAUCCAUGACAGAAUUAAAUAAUAAAUAAACGAUUAAGGUACUUUACUCACUAAUUUGUACAAUUAUGAACCUUAUAUGUAAGAUGAGUAAAAUAAAAUUAAGUUUUUGUUAAUUUCACAUUUCGAAUUUAAUAAAUAGUACAAAAAUAGGCUUGGAAUUG